GCGCCGGCUGCCGUGCGCGCUGACGUCAGUGGCGUGCCCCUGCCCGGGAGCGGAGGAGACCCCGCGCAGUGCUGCCAACGCCCCGGCGGAGAAGCUGAGUAAACUUGACCUGCUUCUUCUCUGGAGCUCCUUGCUUGUGACAUCAGAGAUUACAUUGAUUUGAAAUACUGAAAGUGGAUACAAAAAGGCUUCAGCAAUGCAGACUAUUAAGUGUGUUGUUGUGGGUGAUGGUGCCGUUGGUAAGACAUGUCUUCUGAUUUCAUAUACAACAAACAAAUUUCCAUCUGAAUAUGUACCAACGGUAUUUGACAACUAUGCAGUCACGGUUAUGAUUGGUGGAGAGCCAUAUACUCUUGGACUGUUUGAUACUGCAGGACAGGAAGAUUAUGACAGAUUACGACCCCUCAGUUAUCCACAGACAGAUGUGUUUCUUGUCUGUUUUUCAGUGGUAUCCCCAUCCUCAUUUGAAAAUGUGAAAGAAAAGUGGGUACCAGAGAUUACUCACCACUGUCCAAAGACUCCUUUCUUGCUUGUUGGGACCCAAAUUGAUCUCAGAGAUGACCCUUCUACUAUUGAGAAACUUGCCAAGAACAAACAGAAGCCCAUCACUCCAGAGACUGCUGAAAAGCUGGCCCGAGACCUGAAGGCUGUCAAAUAUGUGGAGUGUUCUGCGCUCACACAGAAAGGCCUAAAGAAUGUAUUUGACGAAGCGAUACUGGCUGCCCUGGAGCCUCCGGAACCGAAGAAGAGCCGCAGGUGUGUGCUGCUAUGAACAUCCCUCCAGAGCCCCCUCUGCAAAGCUGGUGUCGGCAUCGUACUAAAAGCAAUGUUAAAUCAAACUAAAGAGAAAUUAAAAUUCGUUUUUGCAAUAAUGACAAAUGCCCUGCACCCACCCCCACACUCUAGUGUGAGACAUGGCCUAUUCAGGCCCCCAGUUUCUCUCCCAACUCGGUUUAAAUGCUAGUUAAUUUUGAGUAAUUAUGUAUUGUCAGAAAACUGAUCAGUACUAGUUUUUUAUUUUUGUUUACUGUUUCUAAUUUUUUUUUUUUUUUGGUUUAAAAAGCAAGGCAUGCUUUGAUGACUUUGUAACAGACUAAUUCUAGGCUCAAAAUUUUUGAAGCUGCUCCCUGGUGCCAACCUGGCAAGUAAUCUGGGACUUCUUAGUUUUUUUUUCUGGUUUUUUUUGGGGGGGUGGCAUUGUGGUUUUUUUUGGGGGGGUGUUUUUUUUUAAACCUAUUAGCCAGUGGAUAGUUUUUGAUUUUUUUUUUGAGGGGGGUUGGUUUGGAGGGGAGGGAAGAGGUUGGAUUCUACUUCCCAGAUCUGGUUCAGGAAACAGAUAUUCCCCUCCUGGUGCUCUUUAGGAAGGAGUAUAGGGAAUGCUCCCCCUCAGUAACUUAUACUCCUUUUUGAAAGUUGCCUUUUUGUUCCCCACUCUGAGUAGGUCCAGUGUUUAAUGAAACCAUCCCAAGUGGGGUGAGGCAUGUAUUGCCCCUUCUCCCUCCCCCUAUUAUGGGUUGCACUGUAUUCUUGACUAUGAUAUUGAGGAGAUUUGCCAGUUGCUGCUUUUGUGGUUAAGGUUCAAACUUUAUUCAUCCAUAAGUGAAGAAAAGCCUGUACAUUUGGAACCACACCAGAUGGGUUUAGAUUAUAAUUUCUAAAAGAAAAUCUUAUUUUGUUUUCCUGCCACUCCUGGUCUAAUCUAUUGAGCCAAGAUGUGCAGUUUAUUAUGGUUCUUAAAACAUAGCUGAUGAACCUGGUGUGUUGAGAAGAAAGGUUAACAGGAGUGGUGCUGGCAGAGGAAAGUUUACAAAAUGAUUCUGAUCAUUUUCAAGAGAGCUUGGGAUGGACAGCCAACUUCAUUAAGAAGCUUGGUGGGAGGGAGACAUGAUACCAUAGGGACCAGUUGGGGAAUCCCCUUUAUCUGUGUUUUGCAUAUGAGAAACCCCAGAGCCAGAGGAUGGGGCUCUAAUAUAAUAAAAAUCAUGGGAAGAAGUCUUAUUGAAGACUCCAGUGUUAAUAGGGAUUUUACCAGAAAACUAUUGGUUUGCAGUUUCCAAUUUUUUAAAUAUCUAGGGACUCUCAUUCAUCUUCCCAAAAUCCUAAUUCUUGUAGAUUCAUUAGUGUUGAACCAAUGCUUUUCUCAUGUCUCAGUUCUUUGUAUAUGCAUUCUUUUCAGAUGUAUUAAACAAAAAAAUACCUUCACAAACCCGCCUGAGGGUUGUUAUUUCCUCCCCUCUCCACUGCCUCUCACUUCUCAGCUUAUUUAAAGACAUGGGAACUUGACUCUCUCAGGCACCAAUUUUUAGCAUUUGAAUAAAAGAGGCAAAACUUUAAAAGCUUCAUUUUUGUAUUUCUUUUCCUGACACUUGACAUCGUUUUCUUCAGUUUUAAAUUUUCUUCCUUUUUCACAUUCAUUUUGACAUUUUCACAUUCAUUUUGACUACUAGAGUUCUUCCCUUAAUAAAGUGUGGGACUUCCAGGGCCUCUUUUUGUUUGUAGUGAGGAAGUGUUCUGUGUGCUGGUUCUUGGAUUAUUAAUACACCUCUUAUCAUUGGAUUCAGGUCCUGUGAAUGAAUCAGGAAAGGAGCUAUUGUAAAAACUGUAAAACAAACAAAAAAAAAAACUGUUAAAGCUUCUAAAAUAUCACUGUGAAUCUGCAUACAGAUUCACAGACUUUUGUAUGUAAUAGGGACAGUUCCCUUUCUUAAGGUUUAACUGAUCUGUAUCACAAUCUUGUAAGAAGAUUCCUGCCCCACUUCACAUCUGUGUAUCCACAGAAAGCUCUUAUCUUAGACACCAAUAUGUAUCUGAAUGGAGUAGCAACAUUUUGGUCUUUUGCAGCUCUGCCAGAAGGGUACCAGAUGUGGAAGGUAGGGGCAGUUCUAGGCUUUUUCUUGUUCUUAGCUCUUAAUCUUUCCAUUUCUGCUUAUAGUGUAGAGACAGUGAUGGGGGUGGGGGGGCGGAGGGCAGGAGUUUCCUGUCAGUGACCCUUUUGAAGCAGGAAUCUCUGGCUCACUCUUCUCCUCUACCCAGCUUGAAAUUAUCAGUGUAUGGCUGGAUUUUCCUUUUCUACUCUGCUUCCUUUAGGGAGCUAUUUUCUUUACUGUGAUUUUUGAGUAUCUCAUUUGGUCCACUUCUCAAGUUUUGCCAUUUUGAUUGUCAAAUCCUGUAUUGACGUAUAAACUUGGAAAUAAAUGGUUUCUAAGA